ACAUUUCAAGCACAUCUUGAUAAUGUCGUCAACGGAAAUAGGAAUGUCAGUUAUUGAAGAAGAGAGUACGGAUAUUCCGUCUACUCCAGACAGUCAAGAAAAGGGAAAAAUAAAAUCUGGAUUCACAAGAGAGAAAAACCAAACUACAGAAGAGGAUCAAGAUACGGACCUGGAGUUAGAAGAGGAGAAGGAGGAGUUUGACGUGACGGGCCGUAACCAGUAUCUGGCCGUGUGUAAAUCUCUGGGCGUUAUCCCCUCCUCUUAUUUCCUCCGACACAUGCAAGACAGUACUUUAUCACUAAGGCACCAUGGUAUUGGAAGUCGGGGGGCUAAGGCGAUCUCAUUCCCGCUCAUGAACAACACAUCAGUGAUAACUCUAGACCUUCAGGAUAACUGGCUGGAGGGGGAGGGGGGCGAGAGCAUGGCCAGAAUGCUGAAAGAAAACUGCUACAUAACAGAUCUGGAUAUCUCAGAGAACCGACUCGGUAGUAAGGGAGCGAAAGCCUUGUGUAACAUGCUGACAAGUAAUACAACAUUAAAAAAGAUCAACCUCUCUGGCAAUUUGUUUUCUGAUAGCGAUGCUGGAUACUUUUUAGAAGCUUUAAGUGAGAACAGCAGGCUUAAAAAUGUGAAUUUGAGUCACAAUGAAUUCUCUGACAACGCUGCGCCGGUUCUCGGACAAGCUAUAGCUGAGAACGAGACUAUAGAAGAAUUAGACUUGAGUUGGAAUUUCUUUAGACGAGGCAGCACUCUUAAACUUUGUGAAGGGAUCUGGAGCAAUUGCAGACUGAAAGAGAUUAAUUUGUCCAUGAACGGUUUUGGAGACGAGGGGGCGCUCGCUAUAGCAGAGAUCUUAAAGAGAAGCAUCACGCUUUAUGUGAUGGAUAUAAGUUAUAACCGAAUUUCUAGAACAGGCGCAACUGCGAUCGGCAAAGCGCUUGAUCAGAACGAUGCCUUGCGAACUCUAAGGAUAGGGCAUAAUCCUUUUGGGGUAGAAGGAGCCAAAGACAUCCUAAAAGGAGUGGGCUGCGAACAUUGUGUAAUUACACAGUUAGAUCUGUCGGGUGUAGAGGUUGAUAAAGAGUUUAGAGAAUUGAAGCAAGUUCUGGAAGAAACUAAAGAGCUCCACGUUACACAUGGUGUUGUUCUAAGUGAUUACGUAAUCAAAGUCAAACCCCAAAAAGCAAAGGAACAAAUGUUCGGUGUCCAGAUUGCUGAUAUCACCCCUUCAAAUAUUCUUCAAGUUAUCAAACAGUAUAGUCAGGAGCAGGACAUUAAACUCGGAGAUGUGUUUGUAAGCUUAGAUAGGAAGAAGAUGGGCUCUGUGACAAUUCAGGAGUUUAUUCAAGGCCUACAGAGUUGUGGUUUUGAAAUCCUAGAGUCUCAGAUGUCGACACUAGUAGAUCUUCUAGAUGCCAUUGCACCUGAAAACCUCAUAAAUUACAGCAUCUUUAAGAGCAAGUAAGGAGAAUAUAGGAUCAUUAAAAGUAAAACGACCGGGAACUUAUUUGAUAUUAUAUUGUAUUACCACCAGAAUAUCUUUUUAUGUACUUAGUAUUGCAUGCCUAAGCUAUUUUUGUUAAUACUACAUUAAUAUUGAAUGCUAAAUUUGGGAAUACGUGAUGGACAGUAUACAUGUUGGAUUAUAUUUGCUUUCAAAAUACCACUUUUUAUAUAAGAUUUAAGCCAAAAAUAAUCUUAUAUUGGACGAAUCCUCGAAAUUGCAACUACUAAGCAACAUAUAUUUGCAUGAAAGUUUUCAACCAAACCCAUUAAAACAAUGGGCAUAAUUGCUACUGUUCAAAUAGUAAAUUAAAUUUUGAAAAAAAUGAAUGUAAGGUUAAAAAGUGACAAAAUAUUGUUAGCAAAUUCAACAACUGAAUAAUAUAAAAAUGGUACUAAAAUGAUAUUAUAAUUUGAUUUCAAGGUACCUUGCAUUCAUAAAUAUAUAAAAAUAUCCUUUUCCUUGCAUGAAGUGGCAAAUUUGAAGACAAAAAAAAAUGGCUCCAAAAUUGGAUUCAAAGAAAUUGUCAUAAAGAAAUAAUCAAAAACAAUAAAAUAAUCCAUCAAGUUACUCAAAAUUAAAGAUCAGUUUGGAGUGGAACCUGCAUGGAACUGGUUUUUUUCCCAUGUGAACAUUCUUAUUACACUAAAUCUUGUUCAAUGCAGCACUAGUCGUUUUACGCUCUCUUUAUCCAUAAUGUUGCCGGAUUUCGAAAAUCGAUCAUAUCAUUCAGAGAAAGCACGAUCAGGAAUACGUCACUGAUGAAAAAAUUGCCUCGUUUUGUAUUCAGUAGUUGUGUUGUUUUACCUGUGUUAGUAAGACCGUGUAUCCUGGGGGACGUUGGCCUUUUUUAUCCGCAAUGUGUUUUUGUAAUGGGAGAGUCCUUGGUGACUGAACUCGUCUAAGAUUCUUAUAUUGGUAUAAUGAAUCAACACAGAUACAAGUAAUCUGUCUAUUAAUUUUCUAAGUAUAGUUCUUGCUGAAAAUUUGUAGCUUGAUAAUAAAAUGCACAGAAGCACUGUUCGAUAAAU